AUGGAUCUCGAACUAGAACCAACGCUAGAGUCGAUCGUACAUCAGGACACUUUGAAGUGGGUAUUUGUCGGUGGUAAAGGUGGUGUAGGUAAAACCACUACCUCUUCAUCCAUCGCCGUUCAGUUGGCGUUGGCUUAUCCUGACGAGCAGUUCUUGCUUAUUUCCACUGAUCCCGCCCAUAAUUUGUCAGAUGCCUUUUGUCAGAAGUUCGGUAAAGAUGCUAGAAAGGUAGAGGGCUUGUCAAAUCUUUCGUGUAUGGAGAUCGACCCUGAAGCUGCCAUGAGUGACUUGCAGAACCAGGCUCAGCAAUAUAACAACGACCCUAAUGACCCUUUAAAGAGCAUGAUGAAGGAUAUGACUGGCUCUAUUCCUGGUAUCGACGAGGCGUUAUCGUUUAUGGAGGUCUUGAAACAUAUCAAGAACCAGAAGGUUGCCACAGAAAAGGACAACGGUGACACCAUCUCUUACAAGACCAUUAUCUUCGACACAGCACCCACAGGCCAUACUUUGAGAUUCUUGCAGCUUCCUGCUACCCUCGAAAAGUUGUUGUCGAAGUUUAAGGACUUGUCUGGUAAGUUUGAUCCGAUGUUGAGCAUGCUAGGCGGAGGCGCAGGUCAGCAACAGGACAUUUUCGAGAAGCUCAACGAAGUACAAAGAAAUGUCAGUGAAGUCAACGAACAGUUCACCAAUCCCGACUUGACCACAUUUGUUUGUGUAUGUAUCUCAGAAUUUUUAUCACUCUAUGAGACGGAGAGAAUGAUCCAGGAGUUAAUGAGCUAUAACAUGGAUGUCAACUCCAUCGUGGUGAACCAGUUGCUUUUCGCCGACAAGGACGACUGCAGGAGGUGUCAAUCACGUUGGAAGAUGCAGAAGAAGUACUUGGAUCAAAUGGGAGAGUUAUAUGAGGACUACCAUUUGGUGAAAAUGCCCUUGCUUGGUACAGAGAUCCGAGGUGUAGAGAAUUUGAAGAAAUUCUCUAAAUUUUUAUUGAAGCCGUACGAUCCAAAGGUCGACAGCGGGCUUAUUUAUGACCUAGAGGAAACUAAGUAG